UGGUGUAUUCGCCGGAAAUUGUUUAUGACUGAUUUCAACAAUUGUUAUCAAAAAUGUGAAGAUUGUGAUCUUAUAUUUUGUACAUAACGACUUUAAAACACUAACGGUUUAGUAUAUUAUAGAACAAUUGCCUUGUCAUGUCUAAACGUCUUGAAAAACACGAGCUUCAUUAAAGAGUCAUUCAUUUUCGAGAUUUUAAGAAAAUUUUGAAGAUCUACAGUAAAGAUGGGUUUAGGAGAUAUGAUUAUGUCCUUAAAAGACAACCCCUAUUUCGGGGCUGGUUUUGGACUGUUUGGCAUAGGUAUGGCUGCAGCAGUAGGUCGUAAAUCAUUGCAAUUUGGAAUGAUAGCAUUCAGAAGACACUGUAUGAUAACGCUGGAUGUACCUAGCAAAGACAAGAGUUAUCAGUGGCUGCUACAGUGGAUUUCAGAAAGAGGGACCAAAACUCAACACCUCAGUGUUGAAACCUCUUUCCAUCAGUCUGAUGCUGGAAGAGUGUCCACGAAAUAUGACUUCAUACCCAGUCCUGGAAGCCAUUUCUUCUUUUACAAAAAUCACUGGAUCAAAGUUGAAAGGACUCGCGAAAAACAGAUGAUAGACUUUAACAAAGCAGCGCCUUUUGAAACUGUGACUUUGACAGCCUUCGGCAGAAAUAGGUCAAUAUACUUUAACAUAUUAGAGGAGGCAAGACAAAUGGCUCUUCAAAGACAAGAAGGUAGGACUAUAAUGUACACAGCUUUAGGAGCAGAAUGGAGGCCGUUCGGUUACCCGAGAAGAAAAAGGCCUAUUAAUUCUGUUGUAUUAGAUUCAUCGGUUUCGGACAGGAUCUUAGUUGAUAUAAAGGAGUUUAUUGAUAAUCCGAAGUGGUAUAUGGACAGAGGCAUUCCCUACAGAAGAGGAUACUUAUUGUAUGGACCACCGGGAUGUGGAAAGAGUAGCUACAUUAAUGCCUUAGCUGGUGAGCUGGACUACAGUAUCUGUGUGUUGAAUCUGUCGGAGCGAGGACUGACGGAUGACCGCUUGAACCACCUGCUUACUGUCGCACCAGAGCAGAGCAUCAUACUUUUGGAGGACGUCGAUGCAGCCUUUGUCAGUAGGGACGUCAGCAUGGAGAACAGUGUAGCAUACCAGGGAUUGAGUCGUCUUACCCUCUCCGGACUCCUGAACGCCUUGGACGGUGUGGCUUCUGCCGAGGCGAGAAUCAUCUUCAUGACGACAAAUUAUGUGGAAAGGCUAGAUGCAGCAUUAAUCAGACCAGGCAGAGUGGACGUUAAAGAGAAGAUAGAUUAUGCCACAGACAUCCAGUUACAACAAAUGUUUACACGGUUUUAUCCCAAUCAGCUGACGGCACAAGCCAAAUUAUUCUCAGAAAGUGCACGAAAUCUGGGGACAAACAUUAGUCUUGCUCAAGUGCAGGGUCUUUUCCUAAUGUACAAGGCCAAUCCAGAUUUAGCGAUGCAAAACAUUAGCAUGUUGAAGUCUAUGUAACGCGUUGUCAUUUGUGCAGUAAAAAUGUACAUCUAAAUCUAAUUAGAUUAUGGUUGAAUUUGGUAGAAAAGGAUUUGUUGAGUCUUAAUUCAAUACAUUU